GCUUGUCCAGGCCACGGUGUCCUCUCAACUCCGCGCCCGGCGCUUCUUCUCUGAGGUUUCUUCUGGAGGAAAAAUGGCAACUGUUGCAGUUGAUCCUCAACCAAAUGUGGUGACCAGGGUAGCCAACCUGCCCUUGGUGAGCUCCACAUGUGACCUUGUGUCCUCCGCUUAUAUCAGCACAAAAGAUCAGCACCCUUACCUGAAGUCUGUGUGUGAGAUGGCUGAGAAAGGCAUGAAGACCAUGACUUCUGUGGCGGUGACAGGUGCUCUGCCCAUCAUCCAGAAGCUAGAGCCACAGAUUGCAGUUGCCAAUACCUAUGCUUGUAAAGGACUGGACAGAAUCGAGGAGAGACUGCCGAUUCUGAAUCAGCCAACGGCUCAGAUUGUUGCUAAUGCCAAAGGUGCUGUGACUGGGGCAAAAGAUGCUGUGACAACUACUGUGACUGGAGCCAAGGAUUCUGUAGCCAGCACAAUCACAGGGGUCGUGGACAAGACCAAAGGAGUAGUAACUGGCAGUGUGGAGAAGACCAAGUCUGUGGUUAAUGACAGCAUUAACACCGUUCUGGGAAGUCGGAUGGUGCAGCUUGUGAGCCAUGGAGUAGAAAAUGCACUGACAAAAUCAGAGCUAUUGGUAGACCAAUACCUUCCUCUCACUCAGGAAGAGUUAGAAAAAGAAGCAAAAAAAGUGGAAGGCUUUGAUAUGGUUCAGAAGCCAAGUUAUUAUGUACGACUGGGAUCUCUGUCUACGAAGCUCCGUUCACGUGCCUAUGAGCAGGCUCUCAGUAGAGUUAAAGAUGCUAAGCAGAAAAGCCAAGAGACCAUUUCACAGCUCCAUUCUAUUGUUCACCUGAUUGAAUAUGCCAGAAAGAAUGUUCAUAGUGCCAACCAGAAAAUUCAGGAUGCUCAGGAUAAGCUCUAUCAGUCAUGGGUAGAGUGGAAAAGAAGCAUUGGCCAUGAUGAUACUGAUGAAUCCCAUUGUGCUGAGCACGUUGAGUCACAGACCCUGGCUAUUGCUCGAAACCUGACUCAGCAGCUCCAGACCACAUGCCACACCCUUCUCUCCAACGUCCAAGGGUUACCAGAGCACAUUCAAGAUCAGGCCAGCAACGUGGGGGUGAUGGCAGGAGAGAUCUAUUCUGUGUUCCGAAAUGCUGCUUCCUUUAAGGAAGUAUCUGACAGCUUCCUUGCCUCUAGCAAUGGGCAGCUGCAGAAAAUGAAGGAAUCUUUAGAUGAUGUGAUGGAUUAUCUUGUUAACAACACACCUGUCAACUGGCUGGUGCUGGAUUUCACUAUUAUAGACUUCACAUGUGAAACUGAUGAAAUUCCAGAUAUUAUACCUUGGGAAGAGGAGGAUGGAGCAAAUAAUUCACAUAAAGAUGGUUCGUCCUCUCAGAGCAAAGUGUUGAAUAACUGACACAAGAAAAUACUCCUACUUCGGGCAUGAUGGUACACAAGAUUUUGAGGUCAGCUUGGGCUACAUAGUGAGACCCUGUCUCAAACAAACAGAGACUUCUUUUGGUUGAAUACAUAAUUUAUACCACAUUAAACUUCUUAUUUGCUCUUGCAUUUAUUCCUUUGGCCUUAAGGAAUGUUAAUCUAAUUUUUGACUACUUGAUUGCAGCUGCAAUAAAAUUGGUUAAUCUAAACUUCUGUAAAUAAUCUUGUUCACUGUCACAUAUAAUUUUAUAUAGCUCUUCAAAGUUUACUUGUUGAAAUGCCCAGAAUUAAAUUGGACAAAUCUUGGA